GCUGUCCGGUCCAGGAAAAGGAAAACGAUGAUGGAGAAAAUCUGCUGACAGUUUUAAAAAAAAUCACCCAAAAGCACCGACUGUAUUUGAAACAACUGCUUUUAUUUGAGUUAUUCAUCCUUGUAAUUGUAGCGUUUUGAUAUCGGAGGAGCUCUUGAGGUUUUUUUAGAGUUAAAUUUGCGACCAAAGAGGAAGAUAGAUGCUGGUUUGUGUCUAGUUGUGUGAACUCUUCUUUAUGGGAACAUGACAACUACUGAAGCACAGAUUAUGUUGAGCGUCGGAAUAAUCGAGAAAGACGUGAACGGAGACACUCUGUGGGUUUGGUGCUACCCGUCUGUGAGCCCCGAGCUGAAGCAGGUUCUCCUCAGGAAGUGCUGCCUGACGCAGGAAGUACAGGAGUUUCACACGUUCGUGUUUGGUCAUUUCAGUCGUACCUGGUUCUACAUCACUACAGCAGAGGUCCAGGAGCCCACAGCCCUGAAUAAGGUGACUCAUUUUUCAAUCGUUAUAACGGCGAAAGACUUCAACCCUGAGAAAUACGCCGCUCUCAGCAGAAUCCUCUGCAGGACGUACAUGAAACACGGCAGUCCGGUGAAGAUGAUGGAGGCCUACAUCACCGUCCUCACCAAGGGAAUCUGUCAGAGCGACGAAAACGGCUCGUUUCUCAUAAAGGACUAUGAUGUUGAGACGGCGUACCUGGCAGGUUCAAUCAAAGAUGUUGUGUCUCAGUUUGGUGUGGAAACCGUCAUCCUGUACACCGCCCUGAUGCUGAAGAAAAGGAUCGUCAUCUAUCAUCCUCGGAUCGAAGCCUUGUUAGAGUUUACCAGAGUCCUGCCAGCGCUGACGUGGCACCGAAAAGACUGGUCCAUCCUGCAUCCGUACGUCCACCUGACUGACGUAGAACUGGACGAUAUAAAGAAAUGUCCCGGGUACGUAGCAGGAUUCGUGGAUCCAGUUGUGAGCAACAGAUCAGAUUUGUUUGAUGUGUUUGUGAAUCUCCCAGACGGCGUGAUCACCGUGUCUCAGGGAGCCAAAGAYGCCAUGGCGAUGGGGAAGUUACACAAGGACAUCGCUCAGCUCAUCGUUAAGUCUGCGGAGGACGCAGAGAGGUCCGACAGUCAGGUCAUCAAGGACCUGUCCAUGAAGACUGCAGAAGUUCUGAGCCACCUGGCUGCUCUGACAGAAUCAUGUGGAAACUCCAAACUGACUCUGGARGCUCUGAAGCAGCAUCACUUCCCUCCGGCCACAGAGAACUUCCUGUUUCACCUGGCAGCUGCAGAGCAGCUCCUACAGAUCUGACCUUCUGUUUGGCCUUAAAAACAUUUUGAUUCUUCCAUAAAAACCUGAUCAGAGAUUUUAAAAUGUCACUAAUCCUCACAUGAUGCAGUUAGAUUUAACAACUGAACUGUUUCUUCUAAAUUUAUAACUUUGUCAGAGAAAAUCUGUUUUACUUUCAGGAAUUUAUGUAUUUAACCAUUGAAAAUUAGACUUUUCAAAACUUUCCAAUGUCAGACAAUAUUUUUUUUUCAUUUAAAUAAAUUGCCGGUACAUUUAUGUCCAAUUUUUUAUUUAUUUAUUUUUUAUUUUGCCCCCAACUUUUAUUUUUAUUUAAAAUGUCCCAGUGAAACCGUCAUAACUAAGACUUAAAUUUUCCACAUUGAAUCUGAAGUUUGUAAACAAUGUUUUACUGUUGGAGAUAUUUGUCAGAUCUUCGUCUAACAGCUGGUUUUAUGUCUGUGAUUUCACAUUUUAACGAAUAAAAAUGUUUUUUUAUUUUUUAAAA